AUCAAAUACAAAAAACAAAUUAUUUAUAUUGAUAUGACAUAAAUUCUAAAAUAGAAUUAUUAAUUUUUCCCAUUUGUAAUUUAACAUAUUUUUUAUGAUGUUGUUUAUUUUGAAUAUCAAUUUAAUCUAAUUUAUAGAGACUGCAAAAGAUUCCAAUGGUUCUUAUACAUUCAUGUUGGAGGACAUUCCAUUCAAGCCAGAAUAGUGUCUUUGCAUUGGUAUACAAGUGCUUAAGAAAGCAAAGAGUUCAAUAUUCUAUGUUUGCUAAAGGAGCAACUUUGAAAGGAAUGAGCUUAGAUGGUAGGUUAUAUAAUCAAAAGAUAAUUGCAUUGUGAAAUGAAGAAACAAAAUUUAGUAAGGGUGGUGGUUAUUAAGCUAAUUAAGUUUAUCAAUUUAAAAAAAAAAAGCAUUUACUAUUAUUUAACAGUAAUAAAGUUGCUACUGACCCAAUAUUACUGAAAGAUUAAUGUUUGUUGUGGAAAAAUAUUUACUUCUAAUAAUCAAAAGAUAAUUGAAUUGUAAAAUGAAAAAACAAAAUUUAGUAAGGGUGGUGGUUAUUAAGCUAAUUAAGUUUAUCAAUUAAAAAAAAAAAAAAAAAAAGCAUUUACUAUUAUUUAACAGUAAUAAAGUUGCUACUGACCCAAUAUUACUGAAAGAUUAAUGUUUGUUGUGGAAACAUAUUUACUCCUAUUGGUUCUAAUGAUCCUUUAAAAAUAGAAAGCAUAAAAGUGUAAAAAAUAAUUCAACAUGAAGAUGUUUAUUUUAUUUAUUGUGAAAAACUUAAGAAUAAUUACGGUACAUAAUUUCUAAUGGUGUAAUAGUUAUUAUAGAGAUUAAAUUAGUUGAGUUUCUCAUGACAAAUUGUGCAUGUUGAAUAUGGUGUCCCAAAACCCUUCUUUCCAAUUACAACAUAUUAUAUUUUUAACCUCACACAAGAAGCAUUUAGUUAUAAUUUACCUAACUCAUUAUCUAAUAAACUUUUGAUGAGUUAAUGCAAAACAAUCUCUUCCUGCCUUAAAAUAUAGAAAUUAUAUGUUAUUCUCAAACUUUUCCUAUUAAAAAGAGGUAUGAUUUUCAUUAGUUGCAACAACUAUCUUUGGGCACCAAUAAUAAUUUGAGAAAUUUUUUAAUCUUCUUAUUUUGCAUUCAGCACAAGAUUCAGUAAAAUAUAUCAUAACCUAAUUCUUUCUAACCUUAAUUUUCAAAUAAGGACCAAAGACUAUAAUAGUCUUACUGUUGCCUUAAGUGCAAUUAAUUUUGUUUAACUGUUUUGUUUAUUUAAUUCAGCUGUGUGUGAGUUUGAAAUGUUUUUAAAUAACUCUUUUUUAGAACUCAAAGAACAUAUUCCGCACAAAAGCAAGAACAAUUUUACAGUAUGUCAUUACUUACAUUUUUUUCAGUCACAAAGUUUACCAUAGAAUUCUAUUAGUUAAAUGAAAUGAAAAACAUCAUAGUUAUAAAAAAAUAGAACUGCAAUAAAAUGAGAUAAUUUUAAGUUUUCUAAGAUGUCAGAAAAAUGUAUAACUUUUUGGCUGUAGUAUAAUAUUCCUUUAUGAUAAAAAUUUCUCAUAAGAGAUAUUUCAUAAUACGUAUUCCAGGUUGUUGUGGAAGGCAACAUAGGAAGUGGGAAAACUACCUUGCUUCAACAUUUUGAACAUCUUUCACAUUGUGAAGUAAACAUUCUUAAUUUUAGUGUGUACUUAGUAUGUCUCUAAAAUUAAAAUAAAGAUGAAGAUUUUUUUUUUUUAAAGAUAAUUUUAAAAAAAAAAAAAAAAAAAAAAAAAUGAAACAUAAAGCAUCCAAAAAGACUAUAUCAGUUAUGAUAUUCAAUGGUUAAUUAAUUCUUUCUUUGUCACUGACACAAAUUUUUGUAUACUGAUACCAGUAUCUAGAAUACUCAUUUUGGAGAAAACAUACCUUUUGGGCAUGUUGCUUACAAAUAAAGAUGGUAGCCUACCCAUCUAACCGUCUAGACUUAAAGUCAUAUUUUUUGUGUGUGCUGCUUAUCUUAGAAAUGAAAAAUUAAAAAACACUUAAAUGGUAUGUUGAAGAAUUCUAGUCAUUUCCUUUUGUAUUUCAUAACAUAAAAAAAAAUUGAAAAGCACUCCAGAAUAAUUCUAGCUUAUUUCCUAGUACUUUACAGGAAGUUAUAUUAGUUCUUGUUUUUUAUAGUUACUUUAAUUCUUUUUUAUAAUUUUUUUAAUGACAAAUAUUCAUAAAACUAUUCAGGUACUGAGUGAGCCUUUAGACAAAUGGACAAACUUAAGAGGUCAUAAUCCAUUAGUAAGUUAUCACUCCUGUUUAUUAUUAAACUAUUAUAAGUUUUGGCAAUGCAGUAUUAUAUAAUGUAAAAGUAUAAUAUUUAUUAAAUAUUCUAUAAUUUAUGUUCACCUAGAAAAUGUUAUAUAUGGUCAGAUGUGACCACACUAGGACAAAGACACACAUAGUUGUUGGAUGGAGUUCAAAACAAGCAAAACAGUUAAAAAACCAAGCAAAUUUUGACAGAUCAUGAACUGUCCUAGAAAUUAAAUUUUUUAAGAAGUUUGUAUCCGUAAUUGCAGCAAAAAAAGUUAUGUUUUUUUAUGCAGGGAUUGCUGUAUCAGGAUCCCAGGCGGUGGAGCUUUUCCUUCAAUAUGUACGCAUUGCUGACCCGGUUAAAGAUGCACACAAAGCCACAUCUUUCAGUAAGUACUUGCGUACUCCUGGGUCUUAAAAAAAUAAAAACUCCAUACUUCAAUUGGGAUUGCGGUCUAUCUUUUCAAUAUUUCUUGUAAAUUGGAGAUUGAGCUUUGAAUGUGAGGAUUACAAAGUUUUACUUGUGUCUUUUUUCAGGACCGUCCUGUGAAAAUGCUAGAGAGAUCAUUGUACAGCACCCAUUACUGUUUUGUUCAAAAUGACUACGUAAAGUAUGUUUUAAUGUACAACUAAUUGAGUUAUUUGGUUUAUAAUAAUAAUAGGGGCACUUAUCUGUCUAUAUGCCACUGGCACACGAUUUCCUUUUUAAAUCUUCAGGCAGCUAUCAUGAUACCUUUAAAAUACUGCUGAAGCUCAGGUUAAAAAAAUGCUUGCUUGUAGCUUACAUUAUAAAAAUGCUUGUAAUUGUAACUUGAUUCAUUUAUGGAGUAAAGAAUUUGUUUCCAUUUUUCUGUUUUCAGUAAAACAAUAAACGAAGUUGAGUUUGCCGUCUUUAGUGAAUGGUUUGAACAAUUAGUUCAGACAGGAAAUGCAAAUGUUGAUCUUAUUGGUAAAAAAAUAUUUUCAACUCUUGAAAAUUCAAAUUUUUGUAAGAAGCAAUGUUAUAUUAUAAUAAUGAAAUCUUGAAGAUGAAAGCUAUAUUGUCAUUUUAUAUGAUAAAAUUGUCUAAACCACUCUUUCAUUCAAAUGUUUGCAUUGCUUUCAUUGAGAUUUUUAAACUUUAUUAUUUUAGUAAACUCUGUGUACAGUGUAAACCAGCUAUAAUGCGCCCUGUUUUUACAUGAAUUUGGAUUAUAACUGGGUCGGGGCAUAGCUCCUGAAAAUACAUGUAAUCAUUUGCUCAAUUUUUUGUUCCCCCCCAAAAAGCAGUAUAAAAAAGAUAUAUAUAUUAUCAUACAACAAAAUCACAAAUCAUUUAAAUCUAGUCCAACUUCAACACCACAUAGCUCUCUAACCACAAGAUAUUAAAAAAUGCAGCUUUUGUAAACCUAUCUUCCUAUUGUUUAAAAUUCCAGGACCAUUCAAAAAGAAUAUAGAAGAAACCUAAGUUAACCUGGCUAUUAACACUAUCCAAUUUUAUGGGUCCAAAUUAUUGCAAAGCCUGGAUUCACUGUACAAAAAUGAAAUAAGAUAACGUGUCCAAGGAGAGUAUAAAAAUAAAAUGACUGAUUAAAAAAAUGAAAAGCCCUCCUUUGUUCUCCACUAAACUUAUUCUUCUUAUUAAUCUCAACUUCAUGGAAUUCCAAUUAUCUUAGUUUAUCUGAGAGCCAGCCCAGAAAAUUGCUUUGAGCGUUUAAAGAAAAGAUGUAGGAAAGAAGAGGAAGGGGUCCCUUAUGUAAGUUCAGCAUCAUUGCAGUUUUUCUGGUAAUUUAAUGACAACAUUUUAUUUGGUUUAAAAAAAUUAAAAGCCAAUAACAGAAUUUAGGUAUUUAUUUAAAUGGAAACUUUUUACUGCACUUAUAAUAUGAAACAUGUAUCAUUAGGUUUUUAAUUACCUUUUCUAGAUCUAUGGUCGGUUUUAGUGCAAUUUCUUGUCCUUGUACCUGUAAAUCAAAUGAAGAAACUUCAUAUAUUAAUGUCAGAGAUUAAUCACUGAAAUAACCAUUACACCUAAAAAUGAAAUGUUCAUGUUGCUUUUAAAGAGGCUGUUUAACUUUAAGAAAAUAGGGUUGAAAUGAAUAAAAUAGAAUAAAUAAUUUCUUUUACUCUUUUAGUUAAUGUACCAAAAAAUGUGUCAGAUUGUGUCGCUGAAGCUUUAGCACAAGUUUAGUUUAGGGACAAUUGGUAGCCCUGUUUGAAUAUAUUCUGCAGGCCUUGAUUGAGUCCCUUCACAGACUUUAUGAUGAUUGGCUCCUGAACAGAUUGUCUCCAGUUCCUGCACCAGUGCUUGUAAGUUUACUGGUUAAUCAUGUAAACCAGAUUUUAUUCUCUUUGAGGUGAAAAUACUUGUGCAAAGACAAUGAAGAAAAAGUGUGUUAAGAGAUGUCAUUUUUGUUUCAACAAACAACACUAAAAUUACUUGAAUAUGCGUUGCUUUUUCAGCUGCUUGAUGCCAACUAUGAUCUUGAUACAAUGAAAGAGACAUACAACUCAAGGAGACAGGAAAUCCUGUGUGGAUUCGGCUAAUGAAUUGAGUUGAUGAGUACUCAUUUGACACAGAGUGCUUACUUGCUUGCUGAUAGAUACUUUCAAGCUGUCAAGGAGUAAUUGAUCUACUAAACAUCAGUUUGGCUGGAGCAUCGUCAAUAGUGUAGUGACAUUUCUUUAUUUCUUUUGUUUACUUCCAUCAUGUGUUCUACGGGAUCAACCUGAUGUCAGAUCAUUGUUGUUCAGGACUCUUUUUGUGAACGGUAUGUGUUUAGCAUGUCAGAUGUAUAUGACUGUUGUAGUUGUUGAACUCUAGCUUAAGAAGUGCCUGUGGAUUAUGAGGAGUAUUUUUAUCGCAUACUUUUCAGAAAACUUCACAUGAUAGAUGAAUAGAAAGUUGAGUAAAAUAACAUUUUGGAACAUUUUCAGGUUUUCACUAAACUUGAAACACACUAAGAAAAAUGUUAUUGCAUGAACAUUACCUUCACAUAAUAUGUUAAUGAUCAUUUUCUUUUUCCCAAAAUGCAGUGUUGAUAAUCAAAAAUUAUUUUAAAUGUUUUAUAGGUUAUUGUAAUAGUGCUUUAUUGUAGGUAUAAAUCUUUUGGGUUUAAUGUUUACAGUGUUAAUUCUCUAUGUACCUGGCACUCUGACAUUGUUAAGAAGCCACACCCUUCAUGCCAAUUUGUUCAUAAGGCUUCUUUUAACAUCCAAGCGUAAUUUUUCAUUAGCAAUUUUUGUGUGUGUUCAAUUUGGAGCAUCUAAGAAAGAUAACUCUAGAAUAAGUUCUUUGGGCAUUAUUUAAGAAUUUUGCAUUUUUUUGUUAUGACAUUGAAAAUAUUAAUGAGUAACUUUUGAUUUUUUAAUUGAUUUUUUUUAUUGAUGUGUUUCCAUGCAGAUAUGUAAAUGUUUCAUUCAAAGUGUUCAUGCGUGUUUAAGCUGUUUAAGCGUUAUUGUGUCGGUAAACUAUGAUUUUUGAAGAUCAGUGACAUCAGCAUUUAUUCAGCUCUCAAGGAUUUUUUUAAAGAGUAUAAUGAUUUGUUUGUUUUUUUUGGUAUCAACUCUACAACUACAAUAUUAUUCAUGCUUCAUGAGAUUAAGAUUUUAUAUGCAUAUGAAUUCUAUUUUUAUUCAUAAUUGCAUCAAGAAUUAAUUGCUGAUUGUAAGGAUGCAUUACUGUAAGUGCACCAUGAUGUGUAUGAAUUGUAGUAUUCCAAUUAGAACCAAUUUCAUUUCGGAACAAAAACAGUGUGUAAAAUUCAUUCCAGACUGGUUGUCAAGUUAAGCAUAAUCAAUAUCUAUAAAUUCUAUGUAACUAGAAAAUGAACGAAAAGAUUGAAUGCUACACUGUUGGCCAUAGUCACUUGUGAGUCUGAGUUGGUGCCACAGUUUUAUGUCUAGAUCCUUUUACACAAAUGCAUUUAAACAAUCUUCCCAUCGGAAUGGCUGGUAAAUGUAUUUUUAAAUAUUUUUUUACAUUUAAAUACUUUAACUUUAAGCUCUACAAGUUUAAAAUAAAAUUAAAGUUUUUUUUUUUUUUCAUUCAGUGUGUUAUCAGUAAAUUUAUAAGCAACAAAAAAGCAUUAGUUAUUGUACUUGUUCAAAUUCUAUGAAUUUUUAAAUAUUAUUUACUGAAAUAUAAUAAUUUUUUUUCUUCUAAAUUUUCUUAGUUUUUUGCUUGAGUGAGAUCAGCCACAAUAUUCUGAUUCAUACAUUUAAACAAAAGAAACCAAAUUAGGAAUUAAAAAAAAAGGGCCUCAACAAAUAUCAUUAUUUAAUGCCAUUUCUAAUUUUAUACUUUUUUUGAGUUACAAAUUUAUAUUU